UUUAAUUAAAAUCAGCGUUUUGCCUGCAGGCAGGGAUGGCUGAAAUGAAGAACUUCACCUGGGCGGUGGAAGACAUCUUCAAGGACACCUUCCUCAACUACAUGAACGGCUGGAGGAGAAACAUGACGGAGGCAGCAAACAAGCUGCAGGCCGAGGUGGCCGCCGAGAACUUCGACUACGUCAUCCUGUACCUGAUGGUGAUGAUCGGCAUGUUCUCCUUCAUCAUUGUGGCCAUCCUAGUGAGCACCGUGAAGUCCAAGAGGAGGGAGCACUCCAACGACCCCUAUCACCAGUACAUCGUGGAGGACUGGGGGGAGAAGUACAAAAACCAGGUGCUCAACCCGGAAGACCUGAAGUGUGUGAUCCACGAGAAUCUGGGGGCAAGGGAUAAAGCAAGCCCAGAGUCACCCUGAGCCUCAGGGAGCGCCAGCGGUGAGGAAAUCGUGGAGUCACACACAGGGAACCCACUGGAAUUGUAAAGAGCUGGGAAACUGUUCAUGGAAUUAACACACAGGUCGAUGUAUAACGGAGGAAACCAACCCUACUAGUUCCUAUCCACCUUACUGGUUCCCAUCUACCUUACUGGUUCCCAAUCCACCUUACUGGUUCCCAUCCACCUUACUGGUUCCGAUCCCCCUUACUGGUUCCCAAUCCACCUUACUAGUUCCCAUCCACCUCACUGGUUCCCAUCCCCCUUACUGGUUCCCAUCCACCUUACUGGUUCCCAUCCACCUUACUGGUUCCCACCCACCUUACUGGUUCCCAAUCAGUCUUACUGGUUCCCAUCUACCUUAUUAGUUCCCAUCCACCUUACUCGUUCCCAAUCCACCUUACUGGUUCCCA